CAGUUACUCAAUUCUAUAGAUUUGGAAGGCCAAGUAUCAGAAUUCAGGCCUUGGUGCUGUGUAGUUAUUACGAGGGUGCCAACAUGGAAAAUCACGUCAUGCUUAGGCAGGUAAAGUCCUUUUAUUUUCGUGGACCUCCAAGUUUUAACGGCCCAACCUUAUCCUAUAUAACCACUUCAAUCUUCAUGAACGUUUGGUCAUUGAUAUACACGUAACGUAAAGAAGAGAGGGGGGGUGGGGUUAAACUACACUCCUUGAGUAGAAGUGAUGGUUUCUUUUCACAAAGCCCUGGCCGAGAGUCCGGGAAGUGAAGUUGAAGCUUCUUCAAAAAAGAGAAAGUGGGAAGAGUCACUUCCUGUGGAGUUCUUCAACAAUCAAACAGAGGCAGAGAAAAGGAAAUCCACAUUUCAUAUGCCUUCAGAUAAACGGCAACAAUACCCCAGUUUACAGUCAGGGUUCUGUAAGACAAGGAUAAAUACGGAUACGCCAGAGGACCUAAAGAAUAGCCCUGCACCACCAUCCUCUACUCAAAUAAGCUUAGACCUUGAGCUGAACUUGACAUUUGAUCAAUCACAGAGGAGCAAAGCAGUCCACCUCAAAAUAAAUGAGAAGCAGAAGGAUUCUGGAGAUAAAAGUCAUUCGGAGGGAGACCACAGAGAGAUGGUUGCCACUGUUUGCAUGCGGUGCCACAUGCUAGUAAUGCUACGUAAGUCAUCUCCUGCCUGCCCUAACUGCAAAUUCAUGCACCCCCCAGACCAAAAUCCUCCAAAAUUCUUGAAGAGAAAGUGCGGCCUCUUGUGCUAGAAUCGGCAAGUUCUCAGCUUUAUCACGACCAACAUGUUCCUGGCAUUAGUUAUCUUCAAUUUCUCCAAGUACAAGUACAGUAUAUUUGACUGUUAGACUGUUAGAGUAAGGGUGAAUGGAUGACUGGUAAGAAACUAACAUCGGGUACCAUAUGUGUAAAUAUAGUGUUUCUCAAUCAUCCAAAAAUUUAUCCAGCGAAGUUAUAUGUUGCCAGAUAAUAGAAGAAAUUUGGUGUAGACUCUUUCCGAUGCUGGAUGAUAACUGAUGCCCCUUUACUCGUAAAAGCUUGUUUCAUAAAGUAGCAAAGAAAUUUUAUGCUA